GAGGUGGAGAGCGAGGGAGGAAAGCGCGACGUGAGUACUAAUAGUGAGUGUAGUGCAGGGGCGGGGUAGAGUGGGAGGAGGAGGCAGAGGCCAGGAUGGCGUCGGCAGGGAGCGACCAGCCGUGCUGCUCUGCGAUGUUCUGGGUGUACCUUAUGAUCUGUGUCGGUCUCGUCAUGUUCGCCGGCAUCAUGUCCGGUCUCACGCUCGGCCUGAUGUCUCUCAGCCUCGUCGACCUCGAAGUCCUCGUCAAGGCUGGCAAACCCAAGGACCAGCUCAACGCCGCCAAGAUUCUUCCUGUUGUAAAGAAUCAGCACCUCCUGCUUUGCACCCUGCUCAUCGGCAACUCCCUCGCCAUGGAGGCGCUGCCGAUAUUUCUUGAUGCGCUCGUUCCGGCGUGGGGGGCCAUCCUGAUAUCCGUAACCCUUAUUCUGACCUUCGGCGAGAUAAUACCACAAGCGGUAUGUUCGCGAUAUGGGCUGAGCGUGGGAGCUAAAACCGCGGGACUGGUUCGCGUGCUCCUUUUGAUUUUCUUUCCGGUGGCUUACCCCAUUAGCAAGUUGCUGGACUGGGUACUGGGCAAGGGGCAUUUUGCACUUAUGAGAAGAGCUGAAUUGAAGACACUGGUGGAUAUGCAUGGAAAUGAGGCAGGCAAGGGCGGGGAAUUGACUCAUGAUGAAACUACUAUUAUCACUGGAGCUUUGGACCUGACACAGAAGACUGCAAAAGAUGCAAUGACAACAAUAUUAGAGACCUUUUCGCUUGAUAUAAACUCUAAACUUGACAUGCACACUCUGGGUUUGAUCAUGUCCAAAGGACAUAGUCGUGUACCAAUCUACUCUGGCAGCCCAACAAACAUUAUUGGCCUUAUUUUGGUUAAGAAUUUGAUAACUUGCCGCCCUGAAGAUGAAGUUCCUAUUAGAAAUGUUACUAUAAGAAAAAUUCCUAGGGUCUAUGAUGACCUUCCUCUCUAUGACAUGCUAAAUGAAUUCCAGAAAGGCCACAGUCACAUGUCUGUGGUUGUUAAACGCAUAAAAGACAAUGACACACUAAUUGAAAAGAGCAAGACCAGCAUGUCAGAGAACAGAAUGAACCAGAGUAGGAACCACAAUGAAGUCCAUGUGAUUCAUGAUUUUCCAGGAGAUGGAUCUCAGUCUUUUAUGGCUGAGCAUUUGAAUAGCAUUGCAAAUGGAUCCCCUGUGAGUAGUAGUAUUCAGGGAUUUCACAGUCCUGUGAAGAGAAGCAACAUGGAGAAACACGGAGACUCACGCUCACAGAUCAAGAAGUCAGAACGAGUGCGGCACGAUAAUAUCCUUGAUGUCAAUUCAGAUACGCUCCCGAGCUAUUCGUUAGAUGAAGAAGUAGUUGGAAUUAUAACAAUGGAAGAUGUUAUGGAGGAACUGCUACAGGAAGAAAUAUUGGAUGAGACGGAUGAGUAUGUUGAUGUCCACAAUAAGAUUAAGAUAAACAUGUUACCUACACGAAGGUCAUCACCACGAUCCUCUGGAACUGUAACUAUCUCUCAGUUUCCACGACGAACUCCAUCUGCUUCUCCACUGUCUCCCUAUCAUGAUGCUUCUGUAUUACGAUCACCUGUUUCUCAGUAUGCUCAAGUUCCUGGUUCAACACCAACCAUUUUAAAUUCUCCUGGGAAGUCAUUACCAAGUUCCCCUGCUCAUCACAUAGUUCUUGGGCAGAACUCACCUUCAUAUCGAGUAUCAAGAAAAUCAUAUGAGAAGCUUGAGAAAAAUGGAGGGAGUAAUGUUUGAAUUUUGAUUGCUUAUGGAGGCAAGCGGUAGGUAAUCAGCUUAACUGUUCCAUUCUGAAAUCUCCAUCUAGUAACCCAAAUUGUAGCUGCUGCUCAUUGAUGUGACCAUAUGAUUCCUUGUACAUGGAACGUUGUCUUGUAUAUUAUUUGGAUAAACUCUCAUAUAUAUUUUUUUUCUCUUAAAGGGAAUUUCUUA